AUCCAAAGCUCAUUCCCCAACAGGAAGAGAGCAUUGGAGGUCUACAUAAUAGAAGCAGAUCAGUGUUAGGCACUAGCAGCUUCCAAAAGAGUUCUAGCACACAAAAGGAAAGGGUAAAAAGAAAUAAAGCAGGAAAUGUAUCGCCAACAUCAAGGACAGAAUGACCUGUUCUCUUCUAGGGCAGCCUUUCCACCAGUCCUACAAGCAGGAAAUGCUCCAGGAAGUUCAGGACUAUUUCUCUCCACUGAUGCUAAGCCUCGAUUGAAAUGGACACCAGAGCUCCAUCAACGUUUUAUAGAAGCAGUGAAUCAACUGGGUGGAGCAGACAGGGCUACUCCAAAAACAGUUAUGAGGCUCAUGAGCAUUCCAGGACUGACUUUAUAUCACCUAAAAAGCCAUCUCCAGAAAUACAGGCUUAGUAAAAAUUUUCAAGCUCAAGCUUGUUCUGGGACUACCAAGAAAGUUAUAGGAUCUGUAAUAGCAGCUGACAGGACAUCUGAAGUGAGUGGACCACUAAUCAGCAAUACAAACAUUGCCUCUCAUUCAUACAAAACCAUGCAAAUAAGUGAAGCACUUCAGAUGCAAAUUGAAGUGCAAAGACAGCUACAUGAGCAACUUGAGGUGCAGAGGCACUUGCAGCUCCGGAUAGAGGCCCAGGGAAAAUACUUGCAAUCAGUGCUGGAGAAGGCCCAAGAGACUCUUGGAAAGCAGAGUGUGGGUUCCAUAGGGCUGGAUGCUGCCAAAGUGCAACUCUCUGAACUAGUUAAUGAAGUGUCAAAUGAAUGUAUCGGUACCGCAUUUCCAAGUCUGAGAGAAUCUUCCAGUUUACACACCCUGAAAGGACAGGCAGCCCAAUUUGCUGACUAUUUGGGGGAUAGUUGCUUGACUUCAUAUAAAGAUCUCCAGAAGGACCGACAGACACAUCAUGUCAGUGUUGGAUUGAGAACUUAUCCUGGAAAUUCACCAUUACACACACAACAGAUAGGGGAGGAUUCCACCCUUGCACAGACUUGUUUUGCAUGGUGUGGGAAUGUGAAUGAGAGUAGAACACUACCUUCAUCCAGAGUAAAAGAAUCUGAAAUGACAAUAUUUCCAGUCAAGGAGUCCAACAUACUACCAAAGAGUGUGAAACCUGAAGGAGAAAAUAUAGGCAGUAUUAGCCUUUCCGAGGCAAAACAAAAUGAAGGUGAUGGAGAAGACCCUUGUCUUGAAAUGCCAAAUGGCAGGAGAUCAGCAGUCCAGCAAGAGAGUACAAAUCAGUUGAAUGGAUUUGCAUUGCCAUGUCUAACAGUGCAGCUAGAUCUAAAUGCCCGUGAUGACAAUGAUCGUUCUCUAGGCUCCAAGCUGUUCGACUUAAAUGGUUUCAGCUGGAGCUGAGGAUGUUGUGUAAAGCAAGCAGCAGACAUGCUUAAUGAAUAACAUGCUCCUUUACUGAUAUUACAAGUUUAGAUUAAUAGUCAGCAUGUGGAAUAGGCUGUAUUAGAAGCUGAUAGCUAACAAUAGUAUUAAACCUUGAAAUGGUUAACAAGAUAUUAAAGUUCAACUCAUGAUUGAGUAGACAGAGACUAUCCCUGCGGUAUGGCAUAAUAGCUAGUGUUUCUGUUGAUGGAAUUGUAUUAAGCAGCAAGAUUUUUUUUCAGUCUAUCAUGAUGUUGGCAAACUGAGUAAUGAAAUCUAAUUAAGCAUCUCUAGAUUUCUUUCUGGAAGGUUGCAGCUGCAUAGAUUGAAAUUGACUACUGAAGUAGUAUGAAAAACUCACUAUGAUGGUAGUGUUAUACACACAAUGUUACUUUGCAACACCACAAUCAGAUGGUCAAUAGAUAUCCCAGGAAGA